AUGCGUGAUAUCCUCCUAGCGUACUCGAAGCCCACUAUGGACCGAUUCAGAUCUCAACUUGCCGAUCUUCUUAAGCGGACUGUCUCCUCUUCGCCGCAUCUUCUCGAACGCAAAGGAUGGGAAGGUAAUUUCGUCCGCAAUAGCAUGGGUGAAAUGGCAGCAUCCGCUGUUCUUCUCGGAAAGGGUAAUUCAGGCGAUCUUGUACGCGUUGUAACGGACAUAACACUUGCCUUGGUUGAUGGUUGGACCAUGGAUCAACUGGAUGAAGUUCAUUUCUGGCGUUUACCAGAUGAGGAAAAGGAGCUCAAUCUCGUAGGAGUCGUUGCACUCACCAAGAUGUUUAUCGUGGAGUGGAGCAACGAGUUCGAUUACCAGAUGUAUCACGAUCUGCCAGUCAACUUGAAGUUUGCAUAG